AUGAUCGGUGAAGAAGACCAGAUAUUUAAGUUUUUAAUAAAAAAACAAUCAAGGGCGAUGAAUGGCAAGAUAGAAAAUGAAUUUUCGUUCAGAUCGGAUGCAACCUUUGUGCUCGAAGACCAUUCACCGGCCGACGUUGCCCGAGCUGUUAUACAGAGUGGUUGUCAAAAAGAACCAUUUUACGUGUUCGACAUGGACGAGGCUCACAGGCGCAUUCAGCGCUUCAAACGUAUAAUGCCGAGAGUGAAAAUAUUUUACGCUAUGAAAGCGAACGAUUCCGAUUUGAUGUUGAAGCUAGCCAUCGCUUCGGGAGUCGGAUUUGACUGCGCUUCCCCGGGAGAGAUUUAUAAAUUGAGACGCCUGAAUGUGGACCCGUUGAGCAUUAUAUACGCAAUGCCGUCAAAGACACCGGAGCAGAUGAUAUACGCUCGUGAUACCGGUGUUCUUCAUACAACGUUUGACAACUUGUUCGAGUUAACCAAAAUAAAAGAACAUUGGCCAAAUGCACGGUUGCUGAUUCGUAUUCGAGUAGAUGGGAAAAGUUUAUACAACUUGGGUGCAAAGUUCGGCUGUGAUUACGAAACUGAAGCCGUACACUUAUUAGAGGAAGCUGCCGCUCUCAACCUCCAAGUUGUAGGAGUCGCAUUUCAUGUUGGCAGCGGCUGCUCAUCCAUCGACAGUCACGAGAAAGGUCUUCGGUAUGCGAAAACAUUAUUUGAUCACGAAGCCCGAGCCGGUAGAAAGAUGAAAAUCGUCGAUAUUGGCGGCGGUUUCAUAAGUGAUAGGACUGACAGAAUAGAUCAGAUGGCGUGUAAGAUUAAUACAGCACUUGAUCGCUACUUCCCCGAUGAAGAUGUGGCGGUGAUAGCGGAACCAGGACGAUAUAUUUGUGAAUCUUCCACUACACUAUACUGUAGUAUUAACAACAUACGUCGGGUUACCAAGGGCAGCGAUAUUGUGACUAUGAUUUAUAUGAAUGAUGGACUGUUUGGAACGCUAAGAUACAACGAGCCCUGGCACACGGUUAAAAGAUUUCGGCCACGUACAAAUGAAGAAACCGAUGAAAAAGUGAUCUUAUGGGGCCCAAGUUGCGAUUCCACGGAUCGCGUUAUGCAAAACGUUGCGAUACAUUUACCUGUUUGUACCCCAAGUGAUUGGUUGGUGUUCUCAACCCAAGGCGCAUACUCGUUUGGUUUCGCUGCGCCAUUUUCCUGUUUACCAGUCCCGCGUACACGAUCUGUAGUAUCGCCUCAACUUUGGAACAUUUUAAAGAGAUUUGCGGUUUUCAAGCCCUCCGAUUUUCUUGUGGACCCGGAUAUUGCUACUCCACUUCCUUCUACAAUGCCAAAAUUGAUUCAAACAGAGACAAUUGUAACUACUUUAAAUCACCGACUU